AUGGCGCUGCAGUUCGGCGGGGCGGGCGCGCCAGGCACAGCCGAGGAGCCGGCGUUGGUGGGGGGGAGCUUCGGGGCUGCGGACUCGUUCCCCAAGGACUUCGGCUACGGGGAGGAGGAGGAGGAGGCGGAGCUGGAGGGAGGCCCGGGGCCCGGUGGGCCCGGGGGCGGCGCGGGCGGGCCCGGCGGCGGCGCGGGCGGGGCGGACUCCAAGCCGCGGAUUCUGCUCAUGGGGCUGCGGCGCAGCGGGAAAUCUUCCAUCCAGAAGGUGGUGUUUCACAAAAUGUCUCCCAAUGAGACUCUGUUCUUGGAAAGUACCAACAAAAUCUACAAGGAUGAUAUUUCCAACAGUUCAUUUGUGAACUUCCAAAUAUGGGAUUUUCCUGGACAGAUGGACUUUUUUGAUCCAACAUUUGAUUAUGAGAUGAUCUUCAGAGGAACAGGUGCUCUAAUAUAUGUUAUUGAUGCCCAGGAUGACUACAUGGAAGCUUUAACAAGACUCCACAUUACAGUUUCAAAAGCCUACAAGGUCAACCCAGAAAUGAACUUUGAAGUUUUUAUUCAUAAAGUUGAUGGUUUAUCAGAUGACCAUAAAAUAGAAACUCAGAGGGAUAUUCAUCAGAGGGCUAAUGAUGAUCUUACAGAUGCUGGGCUUGAAAAACUUCACCUUAGCUUUUAUUUGACCAGUAUCUAUGACCAUUCAAUAUUUGAAGCCUUCAGUAAAGUGGUACAGAAGCUCAUUCCACAGCUGCCAACCCUGGAAAAUCUACUUAAUAUCUUCAUAUCAAAUUCAGGCAUUGAAAAAGCUUUUCUCUUCGAUGUAGUCAGCAAAAUCUACAUUGCAACAGACAGUUCUCCUGUGGACAUGCAGUCAUAUGAGUUGUGCUGUGACAUGAUUGAUGUAGUCAUAGAUGUUUCCUGUAUAUAUGGGUUAAAAGAAGAUGGCACUGGAAGUGCUUAUGAUAAAGAGUCAAUGGCAAUUAUCAAGCUCAAUAACACAACUGUCCUGUACUUAAAGGAAGUAACAAAGUUUUUGGCAUUAGUUUGCAUUCUUAGAGAAGAGAGUUUUGAGCGCAAAGGUUUGAUAGACUACAAUUUCCAUUGCUUCCGCAAAGCCAUCCAUGAAGUUUUUGAAGUAGGUGUUGCCUCCCACAGGAUCUGCAACCAUCAAUCAAGCACCUCAAAUAUGAAAGCAGUGACUCACAAUGGCACACCUAGGAAUGCAGUCUAGGGGAAAGCUAAAGACCUUGGGUAGACUUGUCAGCUCUUCACUCCAAAGUUUUGUGGAACAAGAGAAGAGUAGUCUGAAAGCCUGAAGUAUGUUUCAGAGAAGAGUGGUCCUAACUGUGGAACAGCAGAUUGUAACUCAUGUUGGGCAACUGAGACUACUGUGAAAAUACUUUGAGGCCAGUGGAGUUAGAAAUGCCAGUUUGAAAUCAGCUGUAUUGCAAAUGCAGUAGGUUUUCAGUUUGGAGUCCUCUUUUAACAGUCUGUGUCUGACUGAUUGCCUGGUCAAAACUUACAAACAAUUGAGUUGGGUUUUGUGUGAAACACUGAACAGUCACUUGCUUAACUUUUUAAAUUUUUUUUUAAAUUAAUCUGUAGAAUAUCCUCUUUUGCUUAAGUUUACCUCCUGUCAUGCAAAAACAAAAUUGGUGUUAUUAAGGCUUGUGAAACUCAAGCUUUUUGCUUGCUGAGGCUGGUCUCAAAUCAUUCCAUUAAGUAGUUCUUGUUCUUGCUGGUGUGCUCAUAGUUCUCAUGAAUUCUGUGCUUGUUAAGUGGAUGCAAGAUAGAGAGCUCUGUUCUAGUGAUCAUGUGUUUGUUUAGAGAACUGACCUGGAGCUUCAUUUUAAGAGAUAGUGAUACUUUGCUUUCAGACCACACUUCUUGGUAUGUCCCCUUUGAUGGAAGGGAAGGAUUAAAAUCAGAAAUAAACUACCUGCUCUCUUUUGCAAAAACAUGGAUGUCAUAAAUCUGUGUGAUUAAUCCUAUUCAUGAAACAACUGUAUGGCUAACUAAACUGAAAUGUCUGCCAUCUGUUGGAACAAAGCAGCCACUUUCAGCUAUUCCCAAGCAAAGAAAUUACCAAGUUACUGACUUUUGAUGGUGGAUCUUUCUCCACUCUCUGACUGAUAAUCAAGACACUUCCUAGCAAAAUGUCUGAGGGUGUUACCUGUGCAUGGCAAUUAAGUUCACUGUGCCAUAAUUUACUAAUAGUACUGGACUUUGGAAGUACAUUGAUUCUGUACUAUGACAAACACCCUCUUGUUUGUCUCUGUGCAAUCUGACUAAAAUAGUGGUUUUUCUGA